AUGAGUGUAACAAAUAAUUUUAAACGAAAAACAUUUCCUAAUCAAAAUUCAUCAAUAACACAAUUGAACGCUAUACAAAUCAAUAUAGUUCUUCUUCGUGAAUAUAAACUUCGUUCAUAUACACUUAAUGCUGUUAGUUUUCAUUUUCUUCAACAACAAAAAGAAGAUGUACAACAUUCAAUAAUAACUGAUUUACAAAAUGGUAAUGCUCAAACACGUCAUCGUCUUGCAGUAUAUUGUCUUAAAGAUGCUUAUUUACCAUUACGUUUAUUAGAAAAAUUAAUGUCAUUAAUUAAUUAUAUGGAAAUGGCUCGUGUUACUGGUGUACCAAUGAAUUAUUUACUUCAACGUGGUCAACAAAUAAAAGUUAUUUCACAAAUUCUGCGAAAAUGUAAAGAAAAAGAUUUAUUGAUACCAGCAUUAAAAAUUAGUGAAACAGGUGAUGAUUUUACUGGUGCUACAGUCAUUGAACCAAUACGUGGUUAUUAUGAUACACCAAUAACAACAUUAGAUUUUUCAUCACUGUAUCCAUCAAUUAUGCAAGCAUAUAAUUUAUGUUAUUCAACAUUAAUUAAUGAUGGUAGAAUAAAACAAACUCUAUCUGAUGAUGAAUAUAUUACAACACCAAGUGGUAACUGUUUCGUAACAGCUAAAGUUCGUCGUGGAUUAUUACCUGAAAUUCUUGAAAAUUUACUUAGUGCUCGUAAAAAAGCAAAACAGAUGAUGAAAGAAGAAACUGAUGAAUUUCGUAAAAAAGUUCUCGAUGGUCGUCAGAAUGCUUUAAAAAUAUCUGCUAAUUCUGUAUAUGGUUUUACAGGUGCACAAGUUGGUAAAUUACCAUGUCUCGAAAUAUCUCAAUCAGUAACAGCAUUUGGUCGUGAAAUGAUAGAAAAAACUAAAGCUUUAAUUGAAAGUGAAUUUACAAUAGCUAAAGGUUAUGAACAUGAUGCUAAAGUUAUAUAUGGUGAUACAGAUUCAGUUAUGAUUAAAUUUGGUAUUAAAACAUUAGAAGAAGCUAUGAAACUUGGUCGUUUAGCAGCAACAACUAUUUCAUCAAGUUUUCCACCACCAAUUAAACUUGAAUUUGAAAAAUGUUAUUAUCCAUAUUUAUUAAUUAAUAAAAAACGUUAUGCUGGUCUUUAUUUUACACGUCCAGAUAAACAUGAUAAAAUGGAUUGUAAAGGUAUUGAAACAGUACGACGUGAUAAUUGUGAACUUGUUGCUAGUUUAAUAAGUACAUGUUUAGAAAAAUUACUUAUUGAAAGAGAUCCAGAUGGUGCUGUUGAAUAUGUUAAAAAUGUUAUUUCAGAUUUAUUAUGUAAUCGAAUUGAUAUAUCACAAUUAGUUAUUAGUAAAGAAUUAACAAAAACUGAUGCAGAAUAUGCUAAUAAACAACCACAUGUUGAAUUAGCUAAUAAAAUGCGUAAACGUGAUCCUGGUAGUGCACCUAAUUUAGGUGAUCGAGUUCCUUAUGUUAUUAUACCAGGAACUAAAAAUCGACCAGCUUAUGAACGAGCAGAAGUAAGUUAUUUAUUUACUUGUCAGUUUUUCGAUAAUUGAAUUCCAUUGAAAUAAAAUUCAAAUAAAUUGAUCAAAUUUUUUAAAUAUUUUACUUCAUUUAAUAUCACAUAUAAUAUUAGAAAUAGUAAAAUACAAUCAGGAAUUCUUGAAGUCAUCAGCAUUAAGGAAAGAAUCGAUUGAAAGAUUUUGCUUAAAAUUGACCGUAUUUCGGAGAAGGAAUCAAACGGUUUUUUGAGAAUUGAUGAACAAAAAAAAACGAAUGAACGUUGAAAUUUAGCUAAGAAUAAAUGCGGAAACUUCGGAUUUAAAUCCGAGAGUUAUGUGUACUUCAAAAAAUUGAAUCAGACGAAUCAGCCAUCCGACGAAUGUGUGGACAUCUAAAUUAUACUGGGGAACCUACCCUCGAAACUGUUGAUUUCUAUUGAGUAUUGCCAAACCAAUAGGACUUGGGACCGAAUACAGAGAAAAUUUGAACUCUUACCCUUGAUUUACCCUAACGAAAGUCGUUUUUCCUAUAAUUUGAUUUCUGUUGGUGACUGCUCAACCAAUAGUAUUUAGAUGGAAGUGGAGUACGGAUUCGAGUUCUCCACCCCAGAAAACCUCGAACUAUCAUCUCUGUGAUCGAAAGAUAGAUCUCUAUUUAUGGAUCAAUUAGCGCGUGGACAAACACAGAACCGAAUUCCGUUUAAUUAUCUUUGCAAUAAGUGAGUUAACUUUCUUGUUUCCUUAUGUUUUAUAUACCAUUUUGUAGCUCAUGAAAUUCUCUAUCGAAUGGUUUAGAAUAGUUGGGGUUUUAUUUGACUAUGAUAGGAAAAGUUUUUUACAAAAACAGAGAAGGAUCGAUCUUCUCAUAGAGAAGCAUAGGAAAAAAUGACUAUUUUUGCAAUAACUCAGCCAUGGCUCGGCCAAUCAUUCUCAUCUUCGAAUUCGACCGAGACAUUGCUAAGACUAAACUGUGUACAACAUUCCAUCGCAGUCGGAUGAGUUUUUGAAGAGUUAUCGUGUAAACGGCUGGCCGGACACACUGACCGAUUCUAGAAUGUACUCACUUUUUGAGUACACAAAAAGACAUAUGGUUUGUUUGGGAAACGACCAGUCUACACUCGCAUACGAAAAUAGGAAGCAAUAUUCAAAUAGAUAGUAAUGAUCGGAAAAAGUAAUCUAAAAGUGAUGAGAACUGGCCAAUAUCCUCGAAAAAUGGAAAGCUGUUCUAUUUCAAGCAGAAAUGGUUUACCCUUACAACAUCAAAGAGAAAUGGUUUUUCAGAAUAACAACAGGCAUUGCUUACGUAGGUAUAUGGGCAAUUAUAUGUCUAGCUGUAUGAAUAGACAUACGUACGAAAAAAUGUAAUGUUCAAAUUUUAAACCUAUAAAUUUUGUUUAAAUUUUGAGAACCCUCAAUAAAAAAUAACAUCAACGAAUGAUAAAAAAAUUAAAAUAAAAAAUUAAAUUUUGUACUUUAUGAUCAACAUCACGUUCUGAUGAUGGCUUUAUUACAGCCGAAAAUUCAACUGUUCAUACUAAAGUUAAACGAUUAAAAAUCAUAUUAUGCAUUAAGUUAUAGGUUUAAAAUUUGGAGAUUACAUUUUUUCGUACAUAUGUUUAUUCAUACAGUUAGACAUAUAUUUGUCCAUAUAGCUAGGAAGAAAAGACCAUAUAAAAUAAAACAAAUAAGAUAAUUAAAUAAAAAACAUUGUAUUACUUAACAAAUAAAUCAAUAGUUGAUUUAUGAUUAAACUCAUUUGAUGGUCUAUUCUUCAACAAAAUUGCUUUAUUUUUCAAUAUGAAAUAAAUCCAUGUUACAUUUUCUUAAUGUAGUGUAUGAAUUGACUUACAAUUCGGAACAAAAAGGGGAUUGGUAACUUAGUUUUCACAAUGAAUUUCGUUCUAAUUAGAUGAAAUUUUAAACAAAUAGUUAAGUCUACCAAAAGUAGUAUUAUACAGAACUGUAGUAACGAAGACUGCGUAUUCUCCGACCCAUUUUGCUAAAAUUUUCAUCCUUCUCCUAUAAAAAUCAUUCUUUUCAUUCAAAAAAAGAUCAUAAACAGCUUCAUAAAUAGAAAAGUAACAUUCCUUAUAUAUUUCUUUGCUUCGAUAUUGUUUAUUGAUUUAAACUUUAUUUUAAAUAGGCUACAAAGAAUUACAUAGCCAAAGCCACGUGCAUAUGAAGAGAAAAUAAAAUAACAACUGGUAUAUAUUAGUUUUCCUCUAUGCAUAAAAGCCAUUUCGUUUAAAGUGGUACAUUCAUAGUUAGUGAUUCUACGUGAUUGUUUCUCGUGCUUUUAUCGAAUUUCAUUGUUGGUAGUAUAAUUAUCGAUAUAAUUCUAAGUAUUUAAAUUGAUGUUAUUUAUGUUUAAUUAUUGUGAAUACUCUUUAGAAAUGUCUUUGUUUCCUCAUCUGUAUGUGUCUAUUGCCGAUUUUUCACAAAAAGGAGGUCAUAUUCGUCGGCAUAUCGUAAGUUGAUAUGUUUUUUUUCUCUCGUCGAGAAUGAGCACUAUUGUUUUUUAUUGGACGUUCAUAAACAAAAGAAUUAACUGAACAUACAAAACAAAGAUAGAAUUGAACCUAUAAAAAGAAAGAUGAGAGACGAAAUGUCAGAGUUUAAUUUAAAAGCAUUAACAAUGGCUAUUGAUUUACUCAUCGAGCAGGUUUGUUAUCUACUGUUUUGAAAAUGUUGUCAGGCAGUUGUUUU